UUCAGGGUAUAAAAAAAUAAAAUUACCAAAAAUAUUUCAUUUAAAUACUUACCUGAUUGCCGAUGCCAUUGGGGGUCCUCUAAUCUGAAAAGAAAAAGAAGAAAAAUAUUAAUAUUUCAAUUUUCAACUCACCACUACAUAGAUGGAGAGGGUAUGCGCCAGCCGGCGCAUGCCAGUGAUUGACGCCAGUGCUCCAUGGAUGCACACUGGCCACGCACUAACGCUUAAUGGCUGCCAAUCCGGACGACGAGCUGCGCGGGACGCACGCAUUCCACCGAUGACAAUGUAUGCAGCCGCACACUGAAAUAAAAAUGAACCACAAGCCAUUAUCAGCGUUAGACGACAACAAGAGGGCUACUUAUCUGACGAGCUGCGACCAUUCCAGCGACGAAGAAGGAUGUCCACGAUGACUGCCACCAACGUACCUGCAAAAUAGAAUAAGUUAAUAUUAAGUUAAUUUUUAAUGUAUUUAUGUUGAAUGUUAAUUUAUAUUAUUCUUAUUGUCACUAAAUGUAAUUGUAAUUGUCUUUUGCCAUUAUGUAUGUUAAACAUGUGAGUUAGUGAUGUAAAUUGCAUGUAAAUAUUAUAUGUAUAGUUAGCGUCACUAAGUUAAUCGCACGAGUGACUACUGGAUUUUAACCCAUUCAACCCAACAAGUGCCUGAAGAUGCUGAGAUUACUACUCACACCAUAGUUGCUCACCCGAGUAAUAAGUUGAGUGUCGCGAGCGUGAUCGGACGCACACCGCUGAGCGCGAGGCCGGCGGGCAAUUAGUAGUCUAGCUUUGUAAAACUAUAUUAAGCCAAGACUGCGGUGAAUAAUAAAAAAAGCACGUAACAGAAGUGACAAUGCUGCCUCUAUGGCUAUGACCAUUAAACAACAUCUAUGCAACGCCAAUGCUGUCAAGCAGCCACAAAUGCCACAGCAACAGCAACAGCAGCAAUGGAAACAGCCACAAAUGCCACUGCAACAGCAGCAACGGAAACAGCCACAAAUGCCACAACAACAACAACAGUCAAUUAAAGUAAAUAAAUUGCCUAAACAGAAGCUACCACAGCAGCCGCUAAAAAAUGUAAAGCCAUAUCCCAAAAAACAAAGUCAAUCAACAUUACUUAGUUAUGCUGACGCUCUGAAAGCAAACCACCAUCCUGUCCAAUUGAAUCAACCAAUUGCUAGGCAGCAACCACAGCCACAAGAGGGACUGCGCCGAAAACUGCCAUAUGAAGACGUCAGUACUGAUGCUGCCACUAAAUACAAAUAUGAAUCUCGUCAACAUAAAAAUGUCAAUACUAGCACAGAUCAGAAGCUAGACAUUCUUAUUAGUUUGAUGCUGGAGGAGCGUAAGCGUCCUGCUGCCCCAGUAGUCAACAACAACAGCAACAACUCCAGUAGUAACCUGGAAGAGAAGAUCGACAAGCUGAUCAAUAUGAUUGGAUUGUUGGCCACUCACCUGAUGAAAGACAAUCGAAUAAAAUAAUUACUGCUCUAAUGCACAUGAUUGUGCCCAAAUUGCAUAUGAAGAUGCAAAUGCGUAAGCAAAUGCAAAUUCAUAUGUAAUCAACAAUUACAAAUAUAUAUACUAUAUUUGUAUAGUCCGUAUUAAGAAAAACACAGCCCGUACAGAUGCCCCGUCUCCUUGAAGUCCGAUGCCAGAAGUCCGAUGCCAGAAGUUCAAUGCCGAACCUGAAAUAAAACGGAGUCCAAUUUUAUUACACACUUACCUAUGUCCGAUGCCAGAAGUCCAAUACCUGCAAUUAAACGAAGUCAAUACCAAUAUCAUUACACACUUACCUAUGUCCCGUCCCUGGAUGACCAAGAUGGAGCAGUUGAUUUGCUGAAUCUGUAAUUGAACAGAGUUCAGUAAAUUGCCAAUAAUGAUGACCACAUACCUGCUUUCCCGAUGGAUGCAGUUGAUUUGCUGAAUCUGUAAUUGAACAGAUCUCAGUAAACUGUCAAUAAUGAUGUCCACUUACCUGCUUUCUGCCAUUUGAGGAUCUGAUGGUGCUGGUGCUAGUCUCCAGCAAACUUGAGAUGCCUAAUAUUUACCAUGUGUCGCUGGUCCAAAUUGCGGUGCCAGCAGCCAUUCAUCUUGUCCUGCAUAAUUUCCACCGAUUGUGCUGCCACUGACGGAGGCCGUCUGUCCCUGAUGGUCCUGAUGAUUUCCUCGCCUAGAUGUCUCCUCACCUGUAAAUAAAUAGAAAAUAAUUUGUAUUAUUAGCUAAGUUAAUUUAAGUUUUCCUAUUGUUAUUUGUAAAUAUAGUUCUAAGUCACAAUAGCUCUAAGUUCGCUAUUCAAAAUGAUCGCACAUCGAUAACAUUUAUUAACUACGAUAGUAAUGCCAAUAAUCUACUCAGCCCUGGCUGAGCAGUUCCCCAGCAACUCGAGCCCUGACUGCUCUGCGUAGCAUGUUUUCAGGCGCCACUUAAUUUCUAAACAAAUGAUACUAGGUAUCGAUUGAGAUAUUUACAGCCCGCGCCCUGCCAUGGCCAGCCUACUGGCGGUGGUGGAGGUGAAUGGCAGGGGUGGGCAGCCCAGCCAAUUGCUCGUUGGACGGCAGCGAGAUCGGUCGAGAGCGCAGCCGCCAGCAGGCACCUCACCUAGAAAAAAACCAAAACUGACGCCAUUUCAACCUACCUUACUCUUCGCUUAAUCAAAAUAUAAAUUCGCAUUUGCAACUAAGAAUACCUGCACUGACUUAAAUAACACACAAAACUAUAAAUUUAACCGAAAGCCAAAAUGCAAUAAACUUUAUCCAAACUAAAAUAGAAAACUUUUAAAUAAGCAACUAGCAAUUAAACCUCAAUUUAUUGAAGACCUGCAAACUCAUAAUCGAACAAAGUAAAACCAAAAGUUACGCCAUUUCAACGUACCCUGCUCUUCGUAUAACCAAAACAUAAAAUAGCACUUACAAAUAAUAAUACCCUCACGGAUUUAAAUAAAACACAAAGCUACAAAAAUUAA